AUGAAGCACAAUAGAGAUAAAUGCGUAGACUGUGGUAAAAAUCGAAAACUUAAACCUAACAAACUAUGCAUUUAUUGCAAUUCCAAGCAAACAAAAUGCACCGGCUGUAAUAAAAAAGUACGACUUAAAUAUGAGAACAAUAAAUUAUGCACUGCUUGUUAUUAUACACGACGAUUCUUGAAUUUUAAUAGCGGAAAUCAAGAUAUUGACAAUUUAAUUAAGGCAACGCAUAAUAAACAACUUAAUUAUAGAUUAGAGUGGAUUCCAUUCAAGGACUUUGUAGACAUAAAGCAAAUUGGAACAGGUGGUUUUAGUGAAGUCUAUACUGCUACAUGGACAAAAGGAACAUUAGAUUGUACUCAAAUAAAUUUUAACCGGUUUAAAAAUGCGACAGUUGUGCUAAAGGUUCUUAAAGAUUCCUCUAACAUUAAUUCUGCAUUCUUAAAAGAGUUACAAAAUAUUGUUGAAAGUCAGCCUAAUUCAUCCAUACGUCGACUUGUUCAAUGUUAUGGAGUGUCACAGGAACCAGAUACGAACAAUUAUAUAUUUGUUAUGACUUAUAUGUCUCAUGGAUGUUUAACCGAAUAUUUAUCAAAUCAUUUUACAAAUAUUACUUGGAAAAUGAAACAAAGCCUUCUUCGGGAUAUUGUUAAAGGCAUUAAAUGGAUUCAUGAAAAUAAAAUCAUACACCGCGAUAUACACAGUGGAAAUAUAUUAAUAGAUAAAACGGUGAAAUAUGGUUCUGAAUCCUCUGAAUCCUUUAUUGCAGAUUUAGGAUUUAAAGCUGAAAAUAAACGACAAGAAUUAUUUAAUUCCGGAAGAUUCAUUGUUAAACAUGUACAUCCUCAUCAUAAAACCCAUAGCAAAUUAUUAAGUCCUACUAUAGAUUUAAUGCUUUCAAGUCUCGGAUUUUCUAUACUAGACUCUGUAAAUUCUUUUCAAAACUCCAGCAAUUAUUCAUUUAAUAUUAUGUAA